AUGAUGCCUAUCAUUUUUCCAUUGAAAGUAUCUAUCUGUAUAUCAUUUCUGAGGUUUCGGUUGAAUUGCGAAUGCAGGGUUGACAUUUCGCGCCACGCCCAAUCGGCAUUGUUCUUGUCCAGAAAGAACUAUGAAAAGGCUUUGAAAUUCGGCAAGGAAGAGCGGUUUUCUGAUUACGUCCAGAAGGUCGAGAGAAGUGAAGAAAUUUUCUCUGCGCGCAGGUGA